UUUGUGCACCGUGAGGCUGUCCGUGUGUGAGAGAGCGACGUAAGGGUACGUGUAUGUAUGUGUGUGUGUGUGUGUGUAUGCGAGUGUAAAUUGGUGCGUACGGGCGCCAAGUUGUUGUGUCUUUAACAGCCACCACAGCACCAUUGAACCACCUGCCACAGCACGCUGCUAUUUUCAGUGGCACUCAAAAGAAAAAACAGAAAUAAAUACACACACAAUAAAAGAAUCUGAAACUUCCGGCUGACGAUGUGCAUAUAAAAAAGAGCCAGGGCAUGUUUAAAGCGGACAGACCUGUCGGAAGUUGUGUUUAAACAGCAGCAAUAGCGACAGCAAUAACAACAAUAACGGUAAACAAGCAAAAACAUUUCGCAAUUCAACACAGCGCGCAGGAAAGUAGGCAACAGUUUUUUGUUGCGCACCAUGGAAAUGGACGUCAAUCGUCAGACACGCCACAAUGCCAACCUAAUGACCAUAUCCGCCCGCUGUUGUGCCAACAACAAUGCAACAACAGAAACAACCGCAACAGCAACAGCAACAGCAACAACAGCAACAGAAAUUGAAACGCCUGCAGCGAGCGGCUGUUGUGGCAUCUUAAGUCGUUUGUUCUGCGUGAGCCGCCAUAAGGCGACACAGUCGGUGGCAGGUACUGAGUGCAGCCAAGGUGAGCCAUUGUUCAUGCAACGCAAGACGCUGACAACGCAGCCGGCAGCACAGCGACGUCGACGUACGCCACAGGAAAUCUAUUUCGAGAGUCGCGGCAAAUCCUGCAAGAAACUUUUAAAAUUCAAUGGUAAUUCCAAUAAGAUAUUGCUGUAUCCGGAGGAGGGCUGGGCGCGCACCGCGUCAUCCAGCUACUGGACCAUCACACCCUGCUGGUGGCAGCCGAAUCGUUGUCGCAUUGUCGAAUGCGCUGGCACGCAGCGGCAGGCAACCAAGGCCAGAAUGCUGCCUAUGGACCAGCAGGGCUCGCUGUUGAUUGCCGGACACUUUCGCAGACCGUCAAUAACAGCGACAGGCGGUGCUGCAACAGUCGCAACAGUGGCAACAACAACAACGGCCGCAACAACGGCUGGAGGGACAACAGCUGCAGCAGCAGCAGCAGCAGUAUCUGGAGGAGCAGUAACGGCCUCUACUGCUGGCACAAAUAGCAGCUCGCAGUCAAAGUCGAGGUCACAGCUGGCAUACAAUGAUGAGUUUAAGCUGUAUCUGACAUCGAACAUAUCGAUGGAGGAUUACAACAUGGGCUACUGCCUAACUGGAUUCGUCGAGCGUCGCUGCCAGCUGACAAACACCUUUCAAAUGACGCAUUUCGCAGUCAUCAAGCGGCAAUGGCCGCCGCCACCGUCCAAGCUCAGCAACUCAUAGGCAUCCUGUCCCCUGUGAUCCCUCUAACCACGCCCACUUAGUACGUGCUACCCAUUGACAGCUGAGUGUAUACGCUCUAUGCUCAAAAUCUAGCCAUUAAGUAGUGCAAUUUCGCAAAGCUGUGGCCCACGUGAUAGCAGCAAAAAUGCAAUACAAAAAUGUAGCAUACUUUUCAGCGCCUCACUCAAAAAAUAAUUAACUUGUAGAAACUGCAAACUGUGGGCAAUUUGUCGCCACAUUUUUUUAUGUUUGUUAUAAGAAUUUCUAUGUGUGUACUAGUGCGUAAUUUGUAAUUUUAACUAAAUGCUCUAAACGUGCUUAAUUCGUGUGCUUUCGAUGUUGUGCAAACAACGAAACCGAACAAAAAAUAAAACCAAAACUCUUUACAUUAAGCAGCGUAAAAAUAAAAUCAAAAUAUUCAGGAAGAGUGCACUUUGGCCUGCCGAAGAUUUUAUACCCUUGCAAAAUUGAGAAAUUAUAU